GCCGAAAAUUAAUGAGAUGGUCACAUGAUUAUAGUUGGCUUUCAAAAUGGCGGACCUGGGUCAGAAGCGUCGGAUUUUAGGAGUAUAGUUCCCUGUUUUCCCGGACAAUUUUGCACGAAUAUUGCUUCCCAUCCACAUCGGCACAUUCCUGAACACCCCAAGCAGCCAUGAGGGAGAAAUCGAGAAAGAAGAAAGGCCGGACUUGGGCAGAAGCGGCCAAAAUGGCACUGGAGAAGUACCCCAAGACGCCCAUGAGUCACAAGGAGAUUCUCAGGAUCAUCCAGGAAGAAGGGCUGAAGGAAAUCAAAAGUGGAACCACACCUCUGGCCUGUCUAAACGCCAUGCUACACUCCAACUCCCGAGGGGAGGAGAGCCUGUUCUACAAGGUGGCAGGCAAGAUGGGGGUGUAUGGACUCAAGAGCGACCUUCCCGAGGGGGUGGAACGGUUUUACCAAGACGACUCGGAACCAGAGUCCAGCCAAACAGACACCAGUGUCAGCGAUGGCCAGUCCGCACCCGUUAGAGGAAAGGAGAAAAGAAAAGUGUUGUGUGUGAAACUCCCUGAAGAUGAGCUAGCCGCGGCCACCGCCAUCCUCCACACGCCAGCAGCGGCGGCCGCCAUGAGACAGCACCACGAGCACUCGUACACCGCCGUCCCGGGGACGUCAUCGUACCAGCCGGGCGCCAGCAGUCUCAGUCCCAGCAAAGUAGGAUCUUCACAUAGCAAGCAUCACCAUCACCAUAGCAAGCGCUCCCUGAAGCAUGGCAUGAAGCACUCCCACAAGAGAAGGAAGAAGGGGUCCAAGGACAUCCCCAGACUCAUCCUCAAACCUGUCACCCCACCUGGGGAAACUGCAGGUUCAUCCGGUCAGUUUCAAUCCUUCAAGGAGUACACGUCAGCCAGCUCCACACUGUCCAGCCUCACUGCCAGCACCCAGUCUCAGACAUCCCAGGCACCCACCCUCACCUCUCUCCUGUCUUCCCUGCCUGGGCUCAGCAGAAAGCCAAGAAGAAGAUCUCAGAAGAAACUCCCUCCUGCUGCUCCUAUAGACUUGACCAAGUCUGGAAAUAUUGAUGUGGAAACCCCUGACUCCAUCUUUGUCAACACCAACCUAAGAGCAUUGGUCAACAAGCACACGUUUGCGAGCCUGCCGCCCUCCUACCAGUACCAGCUUCUCCUGCAGCUACCCGAGUGCGACCGCCAGAUCGGACUGGACGGGAGCGUCAAACUCAGCAGCACCGCGCUCAGCAACGAGUUCUUCACGCGGGCAUGUCUGGACUGGAAGGAACGACUCGCGGAUGGUGAGUUCACUCCUGAGAUGCAGCUGAGGCUGAAACAGGAGGAGGAGAAGGAGAAGACUAAGCUGGACCCCUGGAAGGAGAAGCACUAUGAAGCCUUCUGGGGACAGAACAGCCCACAGUCUUCUCCUUCCAAGAAACAGACGCCUGUCCCAAGCACAGCCUCCUUGCUACAAGACCUAUCUAUACCUACCGCAGGCUUGCUUAACACUGCGCUGUCCAGCACAUCGUACAGUGGUCUCCGCUCUCUGACUGUAGCCCAGUCCCUAAUGCUGGCUGCUGCUCAGAAACCACCUGUCAGUCAUGCAACUGACAAUACGUCGGGAGCCAAUCAGAUGGCUGCAACUGGAUCUGCAAGUGCCAGCCUCGCUGCUAUUGGUCAAAAAGCGUUGUCAUCUCACAAGAAGCCAAGUCAUCAUAGACAGCAUCACCAAUCUAGUCAUUCCUCUGGACAUGAUAAUAAGAGCUCUACGCAUCAGAAAAUAGCAUCAUCAUCCUCAUCAUCAUCAUCACAAAAAGCUGCUUUAUCAAGCCAAUCACAGACUCUGUGCUCGUCAGAGACUUUUUCUAGGACAUCUAUGCCUGGCUUUUCACCAGGCCUCGAAACGACAGUUCUCCAGUCCGGAGCCCUGGGUCAGGGUAUGUCACCACAACUUUACGGGGAGCCACAGACGAAACGAAAAGUAGAAAUGGUUAAACAAAUCGUGCCGGAGAAGAGGCCAAAGCUGACACAACCGUCGAUAGGGGCAGCACAAAAGCCAGUCUCACAGCCGAGAACACUGGCACAAAUCAAGGCACAAACUCAGGUAAUAGGUCUAUGGUCUAGUUGGUACGUAUGGCUGUCACAAUGUGUUUUUAGAAUUUUGCUUUGUGGCAAUGCCUUUUUGGAAAGCAUCCGUUGUGAGGUAACCAUUUGGCACCAAAUUUGUAAAUUUGUAAAAUAAGUCAGUAAG